AUGCCAGCAAGCAUCAAUGACCUGCCUUACGAGCUCCUCUCACAAAUCCUUGAAAAUGUCAUUUGUUUCAAUGUGGAGCAGAAUUCUCGCAGGACGUAUGGUUUCGACAUGGAAUUGCAUGCCCCACCGGAUCCAGAUGUACGAAUGCAGCGGCUACUCAAAGGCCUUAUGACCCCGGAUUCUGUCCGAUGGACUGCCUCCAACACCAUCCGGCGGGUCAAUUCGCGAUGGCAUGAUUUAGCGUUAAAGUACUCUUUCAGAGAUCUGUACGUCUUGUCUUGGCGUGGAAGCGAGAAGCACAUGCUCUCAGGCGUUGUACGGACUACAUCAUUGGAGCAUCUGAGUCUCUCUACUUUCUCGGAUUCUAGCACUUUUUUGAGUAAGACAGCUAGUCUCCUUGAGAAUCAUCCUACACUCUCAUCGUACAUUCGAAGAAUCUGGUUCGACGGCUACUAUGAAGCAAAAGAGAGCGCCAUGAUCUUCGGAAUUCUUCGUCAGUGCAAGAAGCUAGAAGAUCUCUUAAUCCCAUGGACAACAUUGAGGCACGGAACUGUUGCAGGUUGGUCGUCGCUGUUCGGAACUAACGCCGCUGGUCCAUGUGUAACGUCUCUUGAGAUCCGAGCAAUGAAUCUUCCCAAACGUUCCCCGGCAAUGAAGAAGGAGAAUCAUUUCGGCAAUAACGCGUUGGAAUCUACCAGCGUUGACUUCAAUAAUCUUGCCUGUCUGAGGCUCUUUGGGAAUUCAAAGUUCAUGACCAUCACCGACAAAGACCUGAUGGCUAUAGCACGCACAGCGAGCAACCUCCGGGAGCUCCAUGUAUCGAAUGCCGCCUCUCUUGGUCCCAAAGGUAUCGGAGCUCUCAUACGUUCUUCCCGGUUGAGCUUGGAAGUCUUGGAGCUCGAUGGCUCCUCUCAAAUGGAACCCGAAGAACCAGAGCAGCCCAACAGCUACAGCCAUCUUCGACUGCCUCGACUCAUUGCACAAUGUCCCCUUCUUCGCAGACUGAGGCUUCAGUCCGUCCACACGUGCAGAGAUAUUUUCGCUUGUGACGAUGUUGCUUGGAGUGGUAAAGUACAAAUCUGCUUAGGAGUCACCAGCUACUUCCAAGUACCACAACCCGACGAGGAUACCACAAUUUUAUAUCAAGUUCUUGAUCAAGCACGCUGUUUCAUGGAUUCACGAACGCGAUCCGACAAGAAUCUUGUUGACAUUGAGAUCUUCACGAGCGGCUUCAUAUUUGAGCCCGGGUGCGCACUGGUCCACGGUGAUUUCCCAACGACUCAUGCAGUCCGAGGACCAUGGCUCGUCAAGAAAAAGGAGUCAUACAGAAAUUCGCAAAUGAAUGGCUACGUGAGCGCAUUCCCUUUUUGCAUAACUGAGGACGAAUUUAGGGAUGGGUUGAUCAAAGGCUAUGUUUGGAUAUAA